GUCCAAGGAUGCCUCACCGCUUCGUCUUCCCCACGACCCCCAUCCCCUUUCGCCUUUCCCCUCCCUCUCGACACCACCAACCCCACACCACACUACUCCACCGCCGUUCGAAUAUUCCAAGCUUGAGGGGAGGAGAGCCGAGCGCAGAACCCUAAUUGCCUCUACCGAUUGCUAAUCAGUGGCGCUCAGGCUCGGUCCCAGGGAUCGGAUCUUCCGAGUGUGACGGAGGGGCAGUCCCAGGCUCGGCGGCGGCGUCGGCGGCUCCCCCUCCCGCCUCUCGCCAGUCGCCUCGAGCCCUCACCUCCGUCCUCCGCGCACCGGCCGGCGACCCUGCCUCAGACCUCAAUAGGCAACGGAGGUACAAUGCCAAGAGCAAAUGAGAUGUUGAGGGCAGAUUCAAGAAUGAUGGUGGUCUUUGGUGCCUUGACGUCGAAACCAGAGCAGCUGACAUUUGAAGACUCCCUCAGAUUUGUCAAGAAAGUGAAGGCCCGUGAUUACAUGCUGUACUUGUCAUUAUUUGACAUUCUUGGAAGAAUGGAAUUGUCCCAGCUUGAUGCCUACCGAGAGUUACAGCUGCUGUUUCAAAAUCACCCAGAUCUGUGUGAAGAGCUUGAGAAGUUCAGACCACCUGUGCCUAUAAAGCAGGCGACAAACAACAUUUGGCCCUGGGUCAUUGUUUGUGCUGUCCCAUUGGUUGCAGUUAGCCUGAUCCCGGCGCUUGGAAACCCAGUACUGUGGUUUGUUCAACAAACUAUUGGUGAAAAAAUAGCCGUCUGAUUGAAGAACCACUGCAGUGCACAUAUGUGCCAUCACAAUUGAAUUAAUAUCAUCUUUAUAUAUUUAUAUAUAUGUGUAUAUAUAUAUUCGAGUAGUAUCCUGGAAGGAAAACUUGUGUUCUUGGUCAUCAAGUACCACUCAGCAAGAAAUUUAGUCGGUACUUGCUGGGAGCGCAACUGUGCAAGCCCACCAAACAUUACCCGUUUGGCCAUUUGAGUUGGGUUUUAAGUGCUAAAAAAAUCAAACUUCCAUGGAAUACUGAAAUCUCUUUUGCCAGCUAUAACUAAGCCCAGCGUUGUUAUUA